UCCGCGGCGCCUGGAGAGCUCAGCUGGCGCGCGGCUUCCUCGCUGGUGCAGCCGCCGCCUCGCCCUCCGCGCGCGCCCAGCCCGUCCGGAGCCUCGCGCGCGAAGCCAGCAGGAAAAGGCUCGCCGCGGCCGGGCUUGCGCGCUUCGACGCCGGCGGGAUGCGCGGGAUGCUGCCCUCUGCGGCGCAGUUCCUCCGGACCGCCCGGGGGAGAUGGCAGCCCCCGCGGACGCCCCGGCUGCUGCUCGCAGGAGGAGGAGGAGGAGGAGGAGGAGGAAGGAGCGGGAGCGCGUGGCCCCGCAGGGACCAGCUGCAGAUGCUGUGUCUGAGAAAAAUUGGAAACCUAAGACUGCACAGAAGGCCGUUUUGUAGCUCCCUGAUGCCAUCUGAUGAAGUCACUGUAAAUUAUAAACAUGGGUUGCCAGUGAUAACUGUUACAUUACCCUCGAGAAAGGAACGUUGUCAGUUUACUGUGAAACCAAUGCUAAUGACUGUCGGAGCCUUUAUAGAGGACAUACGGGAGGAAGAUAAAGCAAUUGAAAAGAUAGAAGUCUUCACAACAGGUGGCAGUGCAGUCUCUGCUUCAACACUGAUGGAACUUCUGCUGAUGAAUGACUUUAAACUUGUCAUAAAUGGUACAGAAUACAGCGUACACCCUCCGCUUAAAGAUAAAGUGAGUACUGAACAUAUCACAGACGUUGAUGAUAUCAGGUCUUUGGUCCACAGAUUAUUUACAGCUCUUAAUUUAGAAGACCAUCAAACAAGAAAAGAAAGAGAAUUGUUGCAGAAAAUGGAACUUCUGAAAGAGGAACUGCUGCCUUUAGAGCAGAUCAAAGCUGGACUCACCACAGAUGCUGAUGCGAAGACUUCUCGUCUUCUAUGGAUUGGCUUAGCCUUAAUGUCUACUCAGGGUGGAGCUUUAGCGUGGCUUACUUGGUGGGUCUAUUCGUGGGAUAUAAUGGAGCCAGUCACUUAUUUUAUCACCUAUGGAAGUGCCAUGGCGUUCUAUGCUUACUUUGUACUUACUAAACAGGAUUAUGUUUACCCAGAGGCUCGAGACAGGCAGUUUCUCCACUACUUUCACCGGAAAUCCAAAAGACAAAAUUUCAAUGUGGAUCAGUACAACAAGUUAAAAGAUGAUCUUGCAAAGGUAGAAGAAUCCUUGAAACGGCUGAAGAACCCCUUACAAUUACACCUUCCAAUCCAAGAAAUAAAUGACAAACUUUAAUUUUUUGUAUGCCUGUAAACAUUUUAGACCUGUUGAAUUGCCUCAAAUGUUUUAAACUGAACAUGGGGGGAGGAGGAGUGGCCUGACAAACACUGGGGAGGGGAUCUAUAAUGCCUGUUUAAAACUGUUUCUGACAACUAGGAUUUCUUUUUCAACCUACAAAGAAAUUAUUUCAGAUUCUCCAUGUGUGUACAUAUUAUAUAUAUAAUUUGUUACCACUUCAAAAUAAAAACAGAACAAAUAGUUA